AUGGCGACGAAUCCGCUAAGCUCUUCGGCUGUGCUACAGUCGAUGGCAGACGCCUUGUCCACGCAUCCACCAGGCGACGCCACCUCAGAUCUAAGCAGUUCACAUGAAGCUCUGGCUCUAUUCACACAUGCCUGCAUGAUAUCACUUGGCUUCCGUCUCUUGGGCUUUGACGAAGACAAACCAGAUGAAGCAGGAUGCCACGCAUCAGCUCCUCGUUUGCCAUCCAACUGGAAUGCUUCCUUCAACACUUAUGCGUUCGUGUACGCUCACCAGCAAUCCGCCCUUCGGUUCGUCAUCAAGAUCGACCGCAUGGGAGGCAAGGCCGAGAUCCGCGGACUGGCUGUCAAGGAUGAGCGUAUUGCUCGUGCCGAAGUAGUCAUCAAGGACUAUGUCUCUAACGCAGCUCUCCCUAUCCGGAUAACUAUGAGAGGAGGAACGGAAGACCGAUCCGACCUGCCGCAGAAGUUCCAAAAUGUCUUCAUCUCCCAGAGUCGCGUCGCUGAUCUCGUUAGCCUGAUCAAGGUCAACAUCAUUCAGAAACUGAUGCCCGCACUGCAAAAGGAAGGAUACGAGGAGUCUGCCGAUGACAGAGCAGCUCGCGAAGAUGCCAACGAAGCAGGUCGCAGACCACCGAGACAGCCAGUCAUGCCAGACCUUCUUCCCCGGCCUGCACAACCGUCGCCCUUCCACGAUCCCCUAAACCCACCACCUCGAAACCCCGUUCCGGCCGGUGACUUCCCACCGCCGGGCUUCGAAGACCCUUAUGAUAUUCACCGUCCGCUACGAGGCUAUCCAAGGGGUGGUCUCUCGUCCUUUGGGAAUAUCGGAGCGGACGAUCUGAACCCGCCUGGACUGGGACAACAUGACCCUCUACGUCCCUCGUUCGGCCCUUACGGAGGAGGGCUGCCAAGGCCAGGCGGGGGCCAAGGAAUGCACCCUACUUUUGACGACCCCCUUUUCGGUGGGCAAGGCGGACAAGGAGGUGAAUACGACCCACAGGCACCACCGGGUGCUCGAUGGGAUCCCAUAGGACCGGGUGGCAUGCCUAGACUAGGUGGCCAGAGACCUGGCGGUGGAGGUGGCGCUGGUGGUGGUGGCUUUGGGGGAUUUGGCGGUUUCGGUGGUGGUGACAUCAUCUGA